GCCAAGUAGGCUCCAGGUGCACUUGCUUUAGGGAAUCGUAGCUUUCAGUUCGUCCCUGUAGUGUGGUUAUCAGAUGCUUGAGCCCAUAACCCUUAUAGCAGUGAUCACACGACAAGACAUCAUCGGACUAUGCGGGCCGGCAGUCCCAAUUGUCGUUUUUUAUCCACGACUUCUCCUUGGCUUCUUUCACGUACUCCAACUUCCAUGGCAUCGAUUCGCAUCGAUAUCGAGCGUAUUAUCUCUCCCGUAGACCCCCGCAUCUACUCAGGCUUCACUGAGCAUAUGGGCCGAUGCAUCUACGGUGGGAUCUAUGAGCCUGACAAUCAGCACGGUCUCGCAGAUCCCAAAACAGGCUUCAGAAAAGACGUUAUGGCCGUUUUGAAGGACCUCAAGAUUCCCAUCGUCAGGUACCCCGGAGGAAACUUUGUGAGCAGUUACCGAUGGCAAGAUGGUGUCGGACCCAAGGAGCUCAGACCGCGUCGUCCCGAACUGGCGUGGUUGUCGGAAGAGAGCAAUCUCUUUGGAACCGACGAGUUUAUCGACUUCUGUCGUGAGCUCGGGACGGAGCCCUUCAUAUGCCUCAAUAUGGGAACAGGAACAUUGGAGGAUGCCCUAGCAUGGCUCGAAUAUUGCAACAGCUCAGCCGAUACUUACUAUGCUAAUCUGAGGCGCAAGAACGGCCAUGAAAAACCUUACAAUGUGAAAUACUGGGCGCUCGGCAACGAGGUUUGGGGCCCAUGGCAAAUCGGUCAGCAAGAAUCGCAGGACUAUGCCAAGAAAGCGUACCAGUGGGCAAAGGCUCUUAAACUCCUGGAUCCUACCAUCAAACUCGUCUCUUGCGGCGAAACUGGAUAUGCUGACUGGGAUCGUGUGACCCUCCGCAAGUUAGCCCCCGUCGUCGAUUUUCAUUCCAUACAUAUAUAUACCGUCAGCGAAGGCAAACACGCAGUUAAUGUGAUUGGUCCUGCAGCUGCAGAAAAAGCGCUAGAUAUCACCCGGUCGCUCAUCGAUCUGGCCAAGAUCGAGGCAGAGUUAGAAAAGGACCUAACUGUUUGCUUUGAUGAAUGGAACGUCUGGGAUCCAGUUCGCGCCCCGGGAGAGAAGGGUGCCGAAGAACAUUAUGACCUUUCUGAUGCCAUCGCUGUAGCAUCAUGGCUGAAUGUAUUCGUCCGGAAAGCGGAUAUCGUGAAGAUUGCGUGUAUCGCACAGUCAGUCAAUGUCAUUUCUCCAAUCAUCACCUCUCCCCAAGGGCUCUUCAAGCAGACGACCUACUAUCCACUUCACCUGUUCACCAAUCUCAUGCGGGGAGCUUCUCUUGCGGUGCAUGUAAACUCGCCCGUGUACACUGGCCCCACCGUGCCGACAUGGAUCAAACAACUAGACACCCACACGCCCGAUACGGCCAAGUUGACCAAAUACAUCGACGUGAGUGCGGUGUAUGUGGAAGAGAGCAAGGAGGUCCGGAUCGCGGUAGUCAACCGGCACGAAAGUGAAGACUUUACGGUACCCAUCAUCUUCGCGCAGCUGGUUGGGGAGAAGAAGGUGAAGGUCUAUGAAGUCUGGAGUCCGCAGUUGGGCGACAGGAAUGGUUUCGAGGGGGAGAAGGUUAGUACUAUUCAGAAGGAAGUAUAUUGGGAAGGAAGCUAUGUCUUCAAGAGGCAUUCGUUCCAAGUGUUAGUAUUCAAGUUGACUUAGGAUAACAGUGCCGGUCGGUGUAUGGUUCUUCCUGUAACUUGGCAUCUGUUUGUUCCUCGUUGCUCUGACCUAGAUUGACCUACCUAAGAACACGUUCGUAUCAAAGAUCUACAAAGUCAUUGACAUGUUUUCCAGACCUUUCUACCCUGGUCAUCGCACUAACCCUUAACGUCCACAUGCAUGCAGAGCUGCGGACACGAAGUCGCUCUCUGUGCCGUUUCAACCUAGACAUUCCAAAGAAGCACGGGAUCCAAGCACCACCUUUACUAGGAGAUUGAUAUCUCCUUCUUGCCUUCCGCCGGGAUUCCAACGCCUGUAACUGAUGACGGACAAACUGCGGGAAAAUACUACUGACAUCAACCCCCACAAUCUCCCCACACGCAGGGACAUUCGCGUUCUCAUGACCCCA